AUGGCUGUAACCAAAGCAGUGACGGCGAUUACUACAGAAAUGUGGGGGAAGGAAGAGCUUGUAUCGACCCUGGGCUCGCAACAGCAAACCAGAAAUAAUAGCCUAUAUAGACUUCAAAUGGCUAAGGUGAUAAAAGACUUUUAUGACAGCUUUGAUGAUACCAAUUACGUCUUAAUUGUGCUUUACAUCGUGAUUAUAGCACUUGCCUUGAUUUCAAACAUACUAGUUAUCAUUGUUGUAUUUAAAUAUCAGUAUAUGCGCAGUGUUACAAACUAUUUUGUCGUCAAUUUGUCAGUGGCUGAUUUAUUAGUGACCAUAAUAUGUAUGCCGAUGUCAAUCAGUCAAGCUGUAACUAUCAUAUGGGUGUAUGGUGAACUAAUGUGCAAGCUUUUCUACUAUCUUCAAGGAGUAGCAGUUGCAGCAUCAGUAUUUACCUUUACAACAAUGAGUAUUGAUAGAUAUCUAGCCAUAAGAAGUCCUAUAGGUUUUAGACAGAGGUUUAAUCGUAAGGUUACAAUAAUUAUCAUUGGAGUUCUAUGGGCGGUGUCUCUUAGUAUAUUCAUUCCAGUUCUUAAAUUAGUUAUACUUAGAAAUGUAAGUGCAGAAUUGUGGAACAUAACGCUAACAAGCCCAGAUGUUAAUGGAGAAAUUUUAGAGGUACUAAAACCUCCAAACUACUACGUUUGCUUAGAGGACUUUGAAUCUCUUGGAGUUGACAGCUACAUUUUCGGUGUUGGAUAUUUUACGUGUGUUUAUGCUAUUCCAGGUAAACUGCACAUCAGGUCUUAA